AUCAAUCGACAGGUGGCUGUAGGGCGCGUCUCGCGCUCUUAUUUAAUUCCCCUGUGUCACAUUUACGAUUUAAUACUGAUCAUGGAGUGCAUACGAUUGUAUUUUUGUUGUGCUUUGUACUUUCUUGGCAUGCUGCACAUUGCCAGAGUUUACACUUGCGGGACCGUGGGUCAUGUAGAAUAUAGCAGUGUCGUCCAUGACUUGUCGCCCAUGCCAGGCGCGCUCAGGCCGUGCAGGGCUACAGGAGACAAUGAGUUUAUGAAAAACCCUCCGCUUAUACGACCAUAUCGCGUUUUCCCAAUGUUCCAACAUGUUCCAGUUCCCCUCGUUGACAUGGAGCUGUUCAGACCUUUCUCCGGGAGAAGACACAUACCAAAUCGUUUGACCAGUCUUCUGAUUCCUCAAAUGAACCCUCGGCGCAUCCAAGUGUCUCCGGUGGAUAAUGGUCAUGGUGUGGAGGUGUGGUGUGGUUACAGUAAGAUCUCAGUGCGCAUGAAUAAGAAGAUGAUGGGCUUCAGAAGCUCACCGUCUUCGUUUCACCUGGGAACAUGUCCUGUCUCUCGCUCAGACAAGAACUUCAUGUAUUUUCAUUACGACCUCAAUGACUGCGAUAGCUCUGUAACGAUGAUGAAAGGUCAGAUCAUAUAUUCCAACGUGGUGCACUAUACUCCAGCAGAGCCUCCAGGGACAGUCAUCCGAGCUGUGCCCCUUGCAUUAAACAUCCAGUGCCUAUACAAUAGAUAUCAUACUCUAGAACACUGGGAAAAACUUGAGGGAAAUGGGAGUUUUGUGCUUGGGAAGCCCAUGUAUUUUGAAGCCAGUGCUGCUUAUAUAUCGGAGGACGAAAGGAUUUUUGUUGACUCCUGCUAUGCAACAGCAUCAAGAGACCCAAAAUCAACUCCACAACACAAAGUUAUUUUUAAUUAUGGGUGUAUGGAGGACAGCAGAAGACAAGGAAGUCUGUCACGCUUUUUCCAAAGACAGUCCAACAUUAUAAGGUUUUCAGUCGAUGCCUUUUUACUUCCCCAAGUUACUGGCACGUACUUUUACUUGCAUUGCACAAUAUCGGUUCACAGAGCCACUACAAGUGCCACAGCAAAGUCAUGUACCUAUAACCGUGUAAAGAAAAGGUGGGAGGAGCUCUACACCGAUGCAUCUGCUUGUGCUUGUUGUGAUUCCACGUGUGAAAUUGAAUCAACUUCUUCUUUGCCCCAUAUGAAACAAUUCAUAACAAGCAAACCCUGGAUUUUGGACAAAAAUGAAGAAUCUUUAAUCAAGACUAUGGAAGGAUGGGUCAGAGCUCAGGAGGACACAGAAAGGAUGAAGUUCAAGAGUGUGCAAGGAAUCGAUGAAGAGGAAGAAGAUGGUGACACUGUGGAGAUUGUGACUAAUACUGAAGAACAAAUGGAAGCAAAAGAGAAAAAUAAAAUAUUGCCCAUCAAUGAUUUAGAUGAGGAUGUAGAAGUAAUUGAUGGGACAGUGGAAGCGACUGCUACGGAGUUAGAGGAUGAAAAGGGUGAUGGUUCUGGAAAAGUAAUGCUUGUCGAGGAGGAGAAGAACGGGGAGUUAGAGGAUAAAAAGGGUGAUGGUUCUGGAAAAGUAAUGCUUGUUGAGGAGCAGAAGAUAGGGGAUGUAAAGAUUGGAGAGGAUGCUGAGAGACACAAGAGCACAAAUAGAACUGAUAAUGUUGGACAGUCUAGCGUUCCGUUGAUAGAAGAGCUUUUGGAAGAUGUUACAGGCCAAGCAUCCAACAAGAGUGGAGCACUAGAUAUGAUCGACUUUACCAGAGAAGAACUGUCCGAAGAUAAAAUACAGCCUGAAGAUUUUGAGAAAAACAUACAUGUACAAAGCACAAUAUCAACAGAAAUGUUGAUGGAUGAAGAGAUAUUUUUAAAUGCCAAACAUGAACCACUGGAGUGGCAUCAAGAUGAACAUUAACUAACCCAAUGUGGGAGAAAUGGAGGACUGACUUUUGAGGUUGUUCCAGGGUCUCCAAGGUUCCUUGAUUGACUUUUUUGGAGCUACAUCUGUGGGGCAAAAACCUCAGCAUACUUUCUUGUGGAUUCAACUGAAGUCACUUUUUCUGAACUUGUAUUGAAAUUUAUGCAUUCAUACAAUCUUCAAAGUACAAUGCUGACAUUAACUGUAAUGACAUCAGAAUAUCAAAACAUUUUUGAUUGAUCUUUUUUUGUCCUGUCCUGUGACCUCGUUGAUGCCUCUUAUUAAAUGAUUUAUUCUUAAAGGGUUAAUCUCACAGUUCAUAUUUUACCCCCAAAAUAAAAAUGCAUAAAGAAAAUCAAACGUAUUUUUAUGACCAUUAAGUUUUUGGGGUUUUUUUUGCAUGAUGAUCCUCUGUCUUAAUUGUAUUCCUAAAACACGGGAAUAAAACAGACGAGAUUAGACAUGUGGAUGAAUAUGUAGAACAACAGAGGCAUAAGACUAAAGAGAAGUAACAGAUUUCUGUAAUCUAUAAUGUUCUGUCAGAUUUGAUGACCAUGCUGCAUGUCUGUAGCUGCUCACAUCAGAUCAAAAUGCAUUUUAUAAUCCAGAUAAAAGGUUUAGACAUCACUACAAGACAUCAUUAGGGUAACUGAUUUUGGUAACCUGCUGCCUUGUCAGAUUUGGUGACUCUCCUGUAUCUGCAUCUGUUCUCAUAAGACAAAAAUGCUUUUUAAGAUAUAAAACAGAGAAGGUUAAACAUCAGUGAAUUUAGGUAACAUUAAUAAAGCCAUUCUGGGUGAAAUAAAGCGGGUUAAUAGAAUUUGGUAACUUUUAAUACUGUGCUGUCAGAUUUGGCGACCCUGUUAUAUGUCUGUUGCUGUUCACAUUAUACAGUAUGCUUUUUAGGAUAUAAAACAGAGGAGUUUAGAUAUCACCAGAGUAAAUUUGAGGAGCAUUAAAGUCAUUCUGUCCAAAAUAAAGGGUAACAGAUUUUGGUAACCUGUUGAGAUUCUGCAACCCUUCUGUAUGUCUCCAGGUGUUCAUGUCAGAGUGAAUAUGUGUACCAUUAAAAGUCAAUAGCAGCUAGAUCAUUUUAUUAGUGUAUUUAUUGCAUAAAUAACCAGAAAGGUAAAACACAAACCGAAAAAAUAUUGAUAUAAAAUAAUGAUAGACAAGCAAUAUCCUAGAACCCUAAAAAGGCGCCGCCUUCCACGAACUUACUGAACUGCCUCUAGUCAUGUAUUAGAUGUAUAUUUUUUUACACAGAAGCUGAAAAGGCUUUGCUUUCAUUGUUUCAUUUAUUUAUGUUUGCUUAUGUCUGUAUUCCCAUGUUGU